UGACGAUUAGUCUCCCGGCGCUUACCGUAGAUUGUUUCAUCACGGUUGGUUGGUUCACUUGUGAGUGCAGGAACAGAUUGACGGACGUUAACCGGUGUAGCUGUAUAUUUUUGGUCAGUAGUACGAUGGAUAAAUCAUUUACGCUGUAUUCAGACCAAGCCGAAGACGUCGCUACCUCCUCUAGUUUCCGCCAGUUUAAAAUAGAAAAUUUUCAUCUCGAUCUUAAAGUGGAUUUUGAGCGGAAAACAAUAUCAGGUACCGAAACAAUAAAGCUGCGGUGCACUCAGGACGGUCAAAGUGAGUUACAGCUGGAUAUUCAUCCAACGCUGUCUGUGCAUGAGAUCACAUUCAGUCAUAAUUCACAUGACUGGACCACAGCCGAAUUUUUGAUUCGAGACUUUACCAGUUAUGGGACAACACUGGUAGUGAAGUUUCCAACGCCUUUCAACUCCGAUGACAAACUUCAACUUGCAAUCAAAUAUACAGCUUCUGAUGGACCAGGGAUGUCAUGGCUGGACCCAGUGCAGACGGCUGAGAAGACGCUGCCUUUCUUGUACACAUCUGGGUUCCCUGUCCUGAACCGCAGCCUGUUUCCCGGCUUCCAUACGCCCAUGACAAAGAGCACUUACUCGGCUGUUGUGCAGGUUCCUCAUGGCUUCACAGCAGUUAUGAGCGCUAGUAAAUGGGAACAGAGGCAAGCAGACGGCGCUUUCCUGUUCACCAUGGAACGUCCCAUUCCGGCUUACCUGGUAGCUCUGGCAGUAGGGGACCUGCAGUCUGCUGAGGUGGGACCCAGGACACGCGUCUGGACCGAGCCUUGUUUACUGCAGGCAGCCAAGCAGGAGUAUGAUAAUGUGAUCGAAGAGUUCCUCUCCGUGGGGGAGAAACUGUUUGGACCCUACGUUUGGGGAAGAUACGAUGUGCUGUUCAUGCCUCCAUCCUUCCCUUUCGGUGGGAUGGAGAACCCCUGCCUGACCUUUGUCACACCCUGUCUGCUGGCCGGCGACCGCUCUCUCGCUGACGUCAUUGUACACGAGAUCUGCCACAGCUGGUUUGGAAACCUCGUCACCAACGCCACCUGGAGUGAUUUCUGGCUGAACGAGGGCUUCACCAUGUACGCUCAGCGCAGGGUUUGCAGGGAGCUGUAUGGAGAGGCUUAUACUUGUCUGGAGGCGGCCACUGGUAAAGCUCUUCUACGUCAACACAUGGACAACACUGGAGAGGACCAUCCUCUCAAUAAACUCCGGGUUAAGAUUGAGCCAGGCGUCGAUCCUGAUGAUACCUACAAUGAAACGCCUUAUGAGAAAGGCUUCUGCUUUGUGUCCUACCUGGCGCACCUCACAGGAGAUCAGUCACGCUUUGACGCGUUCCUCAAGGCUUAUGUGGACAAGUUCAAGUUCAGAAGUGUGUUGGCAGAGGACGUAUUGGACUUCUACCUGGAGUUUUUCCCAGACCUGAAAGAGAAGAAUGUCCACAAAAUCGAGGGUCUGGAUUUUGACAGCUGGCUCAAUGUGUCGGGUUGGCCUCCAUAUGUGCCUGACCUCUCCGCUGGUCAGGAGCUAAUGAAACCAGCAGAACUGUUAGCAGAAAUGUGGGUUAAUCAUGACCUAGACUUGGAAUCGAUCUGCAAAACAGAUAUAAAACUGUGGAAGACCUACCAAACUGUCUACUUCUUGGAAAAGAUCCUUGAGAAGUCACCACUUCCAGAUGGCCACAUAAAGGAGCUGGAGGAGUGCUACUCGCAUAUUAUUGAGUCCAACAAUGCCGAGCUGAAACUGCGAUGGGCACAGAUUGUUGCAAAGAAUCAACAUAAACCAGGAUUCCAACAUAUUCGCAACUUCCUCACAAGCCAGGGGAAACAGAAGUACACAUUACCAGUUUAUCGGGCCCUUUGGAAUGGAUCAGAAGAGACAAAGGCUCUGGCAUUGGAGGUUUUCUCAGCCACCUCGAAUCAGCUUCACUUCAAUGUUCGCAAUUACGUAAAAAAGAUACUAGCUUGAACAGAAAUGAUUUAGGAAAAUGUAAGGCAACCUUUGUAUUCAAUGAACCACUUUUAAAAGCACCCUAUCAUCUUAUUAACUGUAUUGAUUUUUCAGGGAAUUGCUUCUACUUUUUUGAAUUUGUGAAUUGUUGUGGAUAUUUGAAUAAAUAAAAUAUCUUCUGGGUAUUUAA